GUUGGCCCGGCCUUUCCCUCGGGAACGACGAGACAGGUCACGGUGCCAUUUUGUGCUGUCCUGUUUCCGAACCGCGGCGAGCUCUGUGGAAAUAAUUGAUGGACAUUGGAAAGUCAAGAGAAAAAUAAAAAGGUUUUAAAGGACAAAUUUCCAGGGGCUGAAGGAAAAACCUUAAAAGUAAUACUUUGAAGUGAAAGUGCCUCUCUUAUUAAAAUCCCUGAAUACAUAUUUUAAACAACUUUUUUUUAUUUACCAUUGGGCUAGCAGACUCCAGAUUUUCCUUGUGUUUGGAUAUUUUUUAAGGCUGCUUGUAGAUCUUUAUAUUCAUAGCAAAAGUGUUGCUUGUAAUCAUGAACAGUGGAAAUCAAUUUGUGGAAACUUUAAAGAAAGUUGGUUAUCCAAAAGCUGCUCAGCUUAAUGGAGAAGACUUUGACUGGUUGUUUGAAACUGUGGAAGAUAAAUCAUUUUUGGAGUGGUUUUGUGGAAAUAUGAAUGAGCAGCAUGUGUUAGCUGAAAAAGAACUGCAAGCUUUUGAUGCUCUUCUUAAAUCUGGCAAGCCCAUUUUAGAAGAGGCGGCUUUGGAUGAAGUUCUUAAAACCUGCAAAACCUUCGAUUCAAAAUCAAGUAGCAUGGAAGAAGGAGAACUUCAGAAGCUAGAGGAAGAGUUUCAAGCUCUUCAGAAAAUUAAAAACCUAAAAAUUCAUCGUCGUAAUAAGCUUCAAAUGAUGGCCUCAACAAACAGCCAUAUGUCACUGAAGUUAAAUGAUAAAGCAGAAGAAGCAGCUAAAAUUCUGAAAGAGAGACAAGGAAUUUUCUCUGCUAUAAAUGCUAAGAUAAAUAAUGAACUUCACUCUCUUACUGAAGGAGUUAAGAAGUUGACCUUUUUCUUCACCUUUUCUGACUCAGAACAAGGCUUAGGUCCUCAUCCAGUAUUUUUAUCCCAACUUGCCUUGGAUAAAUAUUUGUGUCAGGAAGAGAAAAGCACUGCAGCACUUACUUCAUACACAAAAAAACAGUUUUUUCAAGGUAUAUCAGAAUUGGUUGAAAGCUCAAAUGAAGAAAAUUUCCAACUUGUAGAUAUAAGCAAACCAUUAAUUUGCGAUGAGAACAAUGAAGUCUGCAAGGAGAGACUUGAGAUGGCUAGGCUGCAGAUGGCAUAUAUUUGUGCUCAACAUCAGCUAAUUCAGCGUAAAGCUAAAGAUUUAAGCAUAAACUCAGCUGUACAAUGGGCAGAGAAUAAUCUUCAAUCCUUAAAGAACAAGACUUUUGGAAAAGAACACCUUGAAGCUAGAAUUUCUAGCUUAAACAGUGACAUUUCAAAAAUAAAAAAACAGCUAACUCAAAUAAAUAAUGAAAUACUGCCUUCCCUGGUGAAGGAGAAUGCACAGCUAUUGAACAUGCCUGUGGUGAAAGGAGAUUUUGAUUUGCAGAUUGCUAGACAGGACUACUAUACAUCAAGACAAGAUCAAGUAUGCAAUCAGUUGCUAAAACAGAAAGCAUCAUUUGAACUUCUUCAGCUAGCUUAUGAAAUUGAAUUGAGGAAACAUAGGGAUAUCCAUCGUCAACUUGAGAACAUAAUACAAGAUCUGAAACAGAGCAGCAAGGCCCUAGAACAGAGACUGGAGAUGAUGUCUGACCCACUUAUAACUCAGCGUGCAGUACCACGGAACACUAUUGAUUCAAGGGAUGAUGCCUCUCAUAGGCUAUACCAGCUUUUGGAAGGAGAGAAUCAGAAACAACAAUUGUUUAGAACGCAUGAAGGUAUUGAACAAGUGGCUCAGAAAUUAAAGCAAGACGUUACUUCAGUGCAAGAUCAGCUAGCAGUAUCUUCUCAAGAACAAUUUCUCUUUUUGUCUAAGCUGGAUAGUGAUUUAGAUGCACUUUGUGACUCUCUGUAUUGUGGGGGAAAUAAGAUCUUGCUUAGUAACCAAGAACUAACAGAACAACUUUAUCAACUGGAAGUGAACUUAAAUAAACUAAAUCAGCUUAUUAUGGAUCUUCUUGCUGAUGUAAAGGCCAAGAGAAAGGUUUUAGAGACAAAUACACUACAUCAGAUGGAAAGAAAAUUGUAUGUGUAUUUUUUCAAAGAUGAAGACUAUUUGAAAGAUAUUGUGGAGAAGCUAGAGCAUCAGUCUCAGGCUCAAACUGUUGGUCUAGAGGAUUAAACAUUAAAUGCAUCUUUGUUCUACUGUUAAGAUGUGGAAAUAUUUAGUGUAGACUUUUCUUUAUGAUUCAGUAGGAAAACAAACUUUUUGGAUAAGUGCUUUAUUUGAUAAACUAAUAUAUCAUUAUCAGCCUUAUCAAGAACAGACUGUAAGCUCCUUUAUAGUUUUUGGCGUACAGAGACUUUGGAUUCAUACUUCAGUUUGUGAGGGUUUGCUUUACAAGAGAGGGAAUGCAUUAAGUAUCUAGAUACUGCUAGACUACAUAUUACCCAAUGUUACUUAAUUUGCAGAGUUAAAAUGCAGAUUCCUGCUUCCAUGAUAUGCUUUUCCUUUGUCUUCAGAUGCUGUGAAAUCCUUCUUCAUAUGUGAUCUGCAAAGUUAGUGCAGGGUGGGCAUUUUAGGGGUUGGAACCAAGGAACGGCUGUUGAAUAUAGUAUGCUUCCUUCUGAAGCAGAUGUUUUUCCUAAUAGUAAAAUUUUACAGUAACUUCUGUCCUGCGAUCCUUUGAGAGGAUGUGAGGUGCAGUUGUGCAAAAGUGACAGCAUGUUUGGGUAUAGACCAAGUAUAUCUGCUUUUUUUUCUACAAACUGUCCAAAAUCCCUUGGAUUAAUUGAUUGCCCUUCUUUCCCCUUCAUGCUACUCUUCCAAACUCUUCCUAGAAUCUUGAAGUUCUAAGAGCAAGAGUUUUGAACUUGCUUUUUGUAGCAGGGUGUCCCAAAGAUGUUUGUAUUCAGCACAUAAUUAAUCUAUGAAAUGUUACUUUAUUGGCUCACUCUAGAAUUUGUAGUAACACAAAUUUCAGAAUGUUUUAAUAACUCUGCCAGACUUAUUCAAUUUUUAAUAAGAAAGAUUUUUGACUCAUCAACUGCAACCCCAAGAUAUGUGUAGCAAACAAUAUAAGAAACUUGUUAUAGAUUAAAGAGAAUUAAAUGUGAUUUCACACAAUUAUGAUGCCUUUUCUCUACUGUGUCCAUUGGAUCUGGAUCCUGAUGGGAGCAACAAUUCUACUUGCUUUCAGGUCAUAUACAGAUAUGUUUAUAAAUAUGUAUUUCAUAAAGGGAAGCAAAUUAAGACUGGCUAUUUUUAUAACUGCAGGUAACAUUAUUUUUAGUGUAUAAAUAACAUUUUAAAUAUGCUUUGAACUGUAAAAUUGUAUUUGAUAAUUACCUUUCAUGUUUAAAUGUAUAAGAGCAUAGCCUCUGUUAAAAGUAUUAAGUACUUUAAAAUAUUUGACGUUUGUAAAUCUGCACUGUCUUUUUUGAACCCUAUUAAAUGUUUAAUCAUCUUGACUAUAAACAUCAGUAAAUCAUAUCAAGGGUAAAAACACUACAAGUUAAUGGAAUGUGUCCUCCUACACCCUUUAUUAAAAAGAAAAAACACAAUAAGUGCAUUUAUGUCCUUAAUAUUAAGUGAUUUAAAUCCACAAACAUAAGAAUGUUUCAGGUUAAUGGUGGGAUUGGUUGUGACAAGCAUAACAUUUCUAUAUAUUCUGAUCCAUGGUAUAUUGUACCUUUUUGCCUGCCAAAUUCUAAAUCUAAUCUAGAUUUGCCACCUGAGAUAAGACUGACCCCUUCCACAAGAGAAAAAGUUAGUCUAUGUUUAAAAAACCUCUUCCUCUAGGGAGAAGCUAUACACCUAAGGAACAAUUUCUUGACUGUUGUUUUUCUACCCAAGGUAGGAAAAGAGGCUUGGU